AGGAAGUUUAGACAAUGAUGUUUUAGUAAACAACGGCAUAGGUAAAUGAAAAUAUGAAACUAGCAUCACUUGCUGUGAGUCAGUGGAAGCGAAAAGCUGACUGUCGUUCGAAACCAUGGUAUCAAGUUACUUGACAGUUAUUAUAGUCACCAGUGUGAUUGUGGCAUUGGUGUCAUCGCACGGACCCCCACGAGACCGUGACAAUGAAGACAUCAACAUGGGGCGGAAGGUAAAAAAAAUGGGAGCUAAAUGGUGCAGCAUGGCAAAGGUUUGCAACCACGACCGUGUUCCCAUAUGCGGCAUCAGCCACGCGGGUGACGUCAUGGGGUUCAGGGACCUGUGUGACAUGUUUGAUUACAACUGCAUUAGAAGGAGAAAUUACAAACAAACAGCGUGUCCAGAAGACAAGUCAAUCCUCACGGUCUCCCGUCGACCAACUAAUAGUUUUUACGAUGAUAAAUAAUCUGUUCCUAAUUUCUACAACCUACUUUUACACCAGUAUUAUAUAACUGAAAUACGAAUGUACUAGAUAAUUGUACUUAAUUGUCUAGAUAAUAAUUAUACCCUUACAUCAUUAUU